UAAGGAAGCAGAAAUGGCUGCAAUAGUUCACUACUAGUAUGGUUUAAAAACAUUCAAAACAAUUAAUCAGAUUUUAAUUUUAUAACAAAGUUAAUAAGGAGUAGUAAGGAAUAAAGCUGAAGAUGAGCCAAUUCUAGUAAUGUAUUGAAAAGUAGUAUGCUUAAAUAGUGCACGGACAAUUUCUAUUAUUUGUAUUUAUUCUUGAGUACUUUGAGUCUUGACUUGGACUUGUUAUUUUUACAAAUUUUGUCAGUUUUACUAACUUUUUAAUUUGUCAAGUUUUGUCUUUCACUCAGUGAGUGACUUGUGAAACUUGUUCUUGUUGUAUAAAACCCACAUUAAACUCCCUUAACGCAUCCAAAUGAAUAAUUAAAAUAGAUUUUAAAAUAAAACUAAGAAUAAGAAAGAUAAAUAGUUGUAAAUUAUAUUGACACUUUAUAUUGGCAGAGAAUGUGAAGGAAGAACAACAAUCAGUCAAUCUGUAAUCAGAUCAGAAUCAUACAUAAAUUAUAAUAAUUAAAUUAUUAUAAUGGUAAUAUUAGACUGUGUCUAAUUAUUUGAGCAAUUGGCUGGGAAAGUAGGCAUUAAGGUUUUUUUCAUAUUCAUAUUGUUUAAUAUAUUUAAUUGAAAAGACCCUGAAGAUGAAACAAUUGACAUAAUUACUGAUAGUUAUGACUUAGUUUCCUACUUUAGUUUUUAUAAUACAUUUGCUGAACGUGUGGAAAAAAGAUAUUGAAUGAUGAAUAAAUUAAGGAGAACCACACUUUAGUUUUUAUUACUGGUAAUCGCUUUAUGAUAAAAAAGAAUAGAAAUAAUUUUGUGACAAACUGAACCAGGCUUCGGAGAAUAAGGAAAUCAUAAAAAAAAGGUCAUCAAAACAUCCUGAAAAAAGAGAAUGAGUGCAAUCCAGUCUAGUGAAGGUGUGCUAGUUUCUGCCCCUACACCCAUGUUUAGCCCUAAAUCUGAAAAAGGAGCUGUUGUCACAGUUGAACAAGUAAAAUAUGGUAAAUCUGAUUUGAAAUUUGUUUGUUUCAUAUCCAGAUUGUAUCUAGUUUAGUAUGUUACUAGUUUGCAAGCAUCAGUAUUUUUUAUCUUUUAUUUUAAAUUUCUACUUUUAGAAAAAGAAUAUAACAAUCAGUAUUCUCGGGGGAGGGGGGGUAGUUUGCAAAAUAAUUUAUUAUCUUAUAUAUUGUGUAUUUUGUUAUCUGAUGAUAUUUAUCCAUUUUUCAUCCAACAAAUGCCGUUAUGAUGUACUCUGCCAAAAAAAUCACUGGUUACAAAAAUGUAAUCACUAUUACUCUCUUAAUUUCAUUUUAAUAUAAGUGAUAUCAUAUAAUUUAUCAUGUUACUUAUUUAUUGUCUUUUUGAAACUUAGAUAAUAAAAUUAAUAUUUUUAAGGUAUCCUGCCUGAACUUCGCUCUAGUGCCCACUUUGACAAAUCAAAACCUCUACCUACAUCCUUACAAAGUGAUUUUAUACCUGAGGACAUACUCUUUGCCCUGACUCAGCCUCCACCUAUUAAAGACAAGCUUGGACCAGUGUCAACAGCAAGAAACUUAAACACAACAUCUGUAUGAUACUGUUUUGCACAAUAUAAUUUAAAAUAAAAUUACAAUGAUAUUUUACCAUAUUCAUAUACAUUUAAAGUCUGUAAAUAUGAUUAUGCAGACUCCUUAAAGCUUAUAAAUGUCAUGUACCAAUAUUAAUUUUGCAGGUUAACAGCCGACCUGCACCUGCAAAUGUUUGGAGUCACAAAAGAAGGAAUAGGUUUAAGCAUUUAGUGGAUAACACACCAUGUGUGUGUGGUGCUGGGAAGUAUGUGUUUUUAUCUAUAUAAUAGUUAAGACUUAAAUUUUUUGGGGUAGCUUAAAUUAUUAUAAACUUCUUAUUAACUUACUCUGUAGCACUAACAACAUGAAACUUUUAAUGUACAAAAGCACUAUUGUAACUUUGUGGAUUCUUUUUUAUUAUGCAACGAAGAAGGAUAAUAAAAAGUUUUUGGACUCAUUUGAAAAAAAUAUUUUUUUAAAUUUCAGGGACAUUUCCUUCCUGUAUGAUGUCCCACAGACCAUGUCCCAUCCUGUUAAACCUGAUAAACUUGACAAGAGUGCCAUACGAAAAGAAGAAAUUGCAACUUUUGGGAAGGUAUCACAUUUAUAUACUCAACUUUAUGGUUAUAAAUAAGGAAUUGUACAUUUUCAUGAUUCAGUAUCAAAAUACAGGUUGCUGGCCUGUCCUGUUUACUUCUGCUGGCUAGUCCUGUGCACUAGAGCUGGCUAGUGCUGAAUAGGUUUGCUAUUUAAUUUUUGGAUAAGUUUCAUUUGUAGCCCAACUUCAAAGUUUUAUUAUCAUGUAUUAUCCUAUCUAUCAAUGAUUUUUAUUUAUUUAUAAUAGUUAAAUAAAAAAUAAACUCCUCAAAUAUUGACAGUGCAGAAUGGAUUUAUUUAUUUUGUCAACAGCCACUUCAGCUACCAGACACACUGAUUCCAGAUGAAUACCACAUUGUGAAGAAUAAAGGUGUUGUUGGCAUUGAAUUCCAUGAUGAGUAAGAAAUUUAUUAUUUAUUUACUCAUUUAGAAUUAGAGGACUGUUGUCAUUAUAGAUUUAAGAAAAUUGAUGCGAGUGGGUUUAAUCAACAAUAUUAAGUGACCAAGUGGAAAAGAAAAAAUCAUAUUACUUCUCUUUGUUUGCUAUUAAUGAAUCCCUGGAAAAAUUAAUUUGAAAAUUGAAUGCUUUAGUUAAAACUAGUAAAAAAGGUUAAAUUUUUCACAAACUAAACAUGUCACAGGAAGCAUUUAUAUACAAAAAAAAUUAAAAACCAAAUGCAUUAUUAUUAAAAUCUUAAUUUUUUUACAUGGAUAAACUGAACUAAACAUUAAAUUAAAAUUUCUCUUGACAACUAUAUGCUUACAGCAAAUUCAGUACCAAUCCAGAAGACCAUGAAAAACAUCUUGUUGUUUUCCCCUCACUGUAAGCAUAGUAAAAUAUGUUUAGUUGGCACAUAAGUUCCAUUUUUUAUAUCUUUGUUUUAUUUUAAUUUUUAUAAUUGAUUUCAUAAAUACAAACAUUUUUAAAAAUAAUUAUUAACAUGUUUUUGCUAUAGACUAUAAUAAAAGAAUGUAUUAGUAAAGAACUAAUUUGUCAUUUAUUUUUAGUAGAAAUCCUUCAAAUGCAGUGGUUGUACCUUUUCAUAUGAUUUUCCAAUCUUCAGUAAACCUGCAAGUCGGUAUGAGGUAAUGCAACUGAAGAAUGCAUUGAACAACAUGCUUGAUAAAGUUGGUGCCAACGAUUUGGAUUCUGACAAAGGAAGUGGUCCUACACAGGUUUAAAAUAAAAAUGUUUAUUGUGUUUGCUGUUAUGUUUUGUUGCUGUAGAGAGUAGGACACUAAAACAAAUACAACACUGCUAAAAUGAUUUUUUAAAGUGUUUUCUAUUUAUUUAAAAAAUUUGACUUCAUUUUAAGUUAAAUCUGUUGCUCAAUGCACUCAAGAACUUUUAUUACAUUGUACAUUUUUCUUUUUCAAUUUUAAUUUGAUGAAACAUCUGUUCUGUUCUUAUGAAAAUUUAAAAAAAAAACAUUUUUUACAAAUUAUUGGUCAUUGGAUGGUUUACUUCUAAAUAAUAUUUAACACUAAUACUGUUUUAAAAAUCAGUCUGGUAUUAUAUUAAGCCUACAUUCAUUUUUUAAUUUCAAUUUGGUCAAUCGUGAACUGAUUAAAGACCAAAAUCUCAUUUUCAUAAAUUAUGCUCCAUAAAGUUAUAAAGGGAUAUUUGUGACCUGAAAAAUGUACUCUUAAAUGGAUGGUUAAAAAAUUAUAAAUAUUUUUCAACAGAUGCACAAUUUAUUGGAGCUAAUAAAGAAAGAGCAGAAUAUCUACAAUGUUGUAUUUCAUGAACUUAUUAGACAGGUUUGUAGUAAUAUGUCACAUAUUUUUUAAUAAAAAAUUAAGAUUUUAUGAAAAUUAAAUCUCUAAUGAUGGAAAAAUUUGUUAAAGAUAAAUGAUGUAAGGGUUUUAUUUUUGGUUUGAAAAUAAAUAAAAUGCCAAACUAAUUGCAGAUACUAUAAUUAUUUUCUGCAAAAAUUUUUCUGCAUUCUAGACCAGUGUUGAAUGUGUUGAGAGAGGAGAACUACUUGCAGACCUCAGAAAAAAGUACAGCGACCUCCUUAAUAAAAUACCUUUACAAAUUAUGAGGUAAGAAUGUGUCAGGUUUGUGUUUCAGUUUCAUAUAAAAAUUAAUCAAUAAAGAUAAAUAAAUAUAUCAUUUGUUUAAAAGCCUGAAACCAUGUAUUUUAGUUUGUAAUAGACUAAAUACAUAAUUUAAUAUCUACAACAACAAAAAGACAUGCACUAAAACACAGAUACACAAUUACAAAAAUGUUCUUAACAAAAAAAUUAAUGGAAAAUGUCUUUUAUGUAUAUUUGAUAGUUUGGAUAUUGAGCCAUCUUCCAAAAAACAUUGCAUUUUAAUGUAAACUAAAACUAGAUUUUGACUAUAAUAUCAAGAAUAUAUGUGGAAAAAAAUUUCCUGAUACCCACUAAUCAGUGAAUUUUUAUCUGGAAAGAAAUGAUCAUGAAUUUGGUUAAUCCUUCAUUACCUGGUUUUAUAGAUAAUUUUACAGCAUAUCUAUCUGUUAACAAGAUGUUAAAUAAAUUGAGUGAAAUAAAUUAGUUAAACAGAGAAAAAAAAACAAAUUGCCCACAACUUUGUAAGGAAUUUUUUUCUUUUUAAUGAGUUUACCAAUGGGGACCAGUAUGGAUGGUUCAUAAUUUCAAAUGUUAUGCUUUACUUCAUCAGUCUCCAUGAGGAAGUGAUGGCACAGAGAGCUUUAGACAGAAGGUUGACAGAAGAGCUGAUGAGAUUCAAGGGCACUAUUUCUUUUCUCACCAGGUUGAUUACCUCAAAUUUUUGAGUAACGUGGUGUGAAUUAUUUAGGUCUUGUUAUUUUUAUUUUAAAACAUUAUAAAAUUGCCAUGGUUAAGAUAAAAAAUAAAAGAAAAAAGGAUUGGUGAGAUUUUAAUUGGACGACAUAGUGGGAAGGGGCAUUGGGAAUUUCUGUCUGGUUUUAAUUUUGAUGUAGGUUAUAUAUAGGUUAGAUAUUUUGAAAACUAGAACACAUAAAAAAACAUCAGCUGUUUAAAUUCAUAAAUACAUGAAUAUCAGAUAAAUUAGGUCAAGGCUAAGUUGCUAGGCCUCUCCAGGUUAUCUUUUAUACAAAUGAUGUGUUUCCCUCUCAGCCUAAAACGCUGCUCUCGUAAGCCCAAUACAGUCAUUCCCUAAAUCCCUCCUCUAACCCAAUUGAACAUAGAACUACAGAAUCUUAAAAGAAAUUAUUGAUAAAACUAAGAAGAUUCGUUUUUUUUAAAAAUCUUUCUCCUACAUAACUUAAAAUAAUAAAUAUGGGUUUGUCCAGCAAGUAUUCAAAUAAUGAAUGUAUCUGAAUAUUCAUUUAAAUAUUUGUAUUUAUUUAACAUAUAAAUCUGAUGUACCACCAUUCAGUGAACUUACAGAUGUUAAGGAGCAUGACAUGAAGGUCACACAAGAGGCACAAAAAGCACAAGAUGAUGUGAGUUGGUGUUUUUUCACUUAAGUCAAAACAAAUUAAUCUCAUUAGUCAGUGCUAAAAUUGGCAACACUUUAUUGUAUUUAAUCCAUGAACAUAUCCUUUCAUUUUACCCCAAAAAUAAUAUUAUUCAAUCAGUAGCAUUUAUUUAAUAAUUUUGUGACAAACAGCUCUGAUUGAUAUUUUAGGCCAGUGGGCCUCAAAAUUUUGACAUGAAAGACCACUGUCUUGUAAGAGCCAACUUGGAUUGGGCUUGCAUUUAACUGCAUUAAUACAUCACUAUACCUUAAUAGAAGCAAAAUUCUUAAAGUUUAAACAAUUACCCCAUUCGAGUGUUUAGAUGUAUUGGGUUUGUCUCUAGUAAAAGUCCAUAUUUUUGAGAAACAGUUAUGUGGUUUGUAACUAUUUAGGUCUUGUUAUUUUUUAAUUUUAAAACAUCAUAAAAUUGCCAUGGCUAGGAUAAUAAGUAAAACAAACUAGGAUUUGUGAGAUUUUAAUAGGACUAUGUAGUGGGAAAGAGCAUUUUUAAUUCCUUUCUUGUUUUAAUUUUGAUAUAUAUUUAUAUAUAGGUUAGAUAUUUUGAAAAGUAUAACUAUAGCAGACCCUUAAAAUGUGUGUUUCCAGAAUAAAUACAGUAUCUUUUUUAUAGUUACGUAGUGCUUUAGCCGAGUCACAGAAGAACUCCAAUUUACUUGCUGAGUACCAUGACUUGUACGAGCUGCAGCGUAAGAGACUGGAGGGUCAAGUUUUUAUGCUCUCAGAGGAACGAGAACUGUGGAGUACUGCAGCUUACAGUCUGGCCCUUAAGGUGAAUGCAUGACAGCACUUUCAAAAUGACUUUGUUUUUUGUAAAAUGCUACUCAAUUAUUUUUUUACAAACUGGUUUAUUUAUAACUUGAAUUUUUUCAAAAGUUAUUAAAUCAGAAUUUGUUUUGUUUGAGAGACAGUUCUCAUCCCUGUAGAUUGACAUGUUGUGAGGCAUAUGUUUUCAGUUAUUUUAUAUCUUCGUUUUUUUAUAUUAAAAAAACAUGGACAAAUGUUCAUAUAUCCCUAUCAAUAGUUUAUUUAUUUUUUUUUUUAACUUUCCGCAUAUACUGUAAAUAUUAAUUUAAAAAGGGAAAGUUAUAAAAUGAGUCUCAUAAAAAAAUUCUUGUGCUCUAACUAUAGGUUACAGAGGAGUACCAACUCAACACAGCUAAACGGAUGCAGCUGUCUGAGAAAUGCUGGGUCAAGAUGGCCAAUCAUUUCACUAUCUUACUGAGUGACAGGGACACUGACCUACUGACGCAAAUUCAGGCCAGUUAACUCUUUAUUUACUUACUGUAGCAGGGUAUUUCUAUGGCCAUUUAAUUUUUUAGAACAAGAAUAUAAACUGGAAUCACUAUUCCUACAUUGACAUAGAAUAUCUUACCAUAUAAAUACCAAAUGCAGGGAAAUAAUUAUGACUUUAGUAGUUUUAUUUAUUGUGAUUGUAAGCACAGCUUCAAAAAGGUGCAAGAUAGCAUGAUUUCUCUCAAAAGUUAUAGCAGUACUUGUGUUGCAAGUAGCCUACUUGGCUGUCACAUGAAUGACCCAUGUCAGAUUACAGGUUCAAGCAACCUUUUCUAAUCAAUUUCCUUUAGGUCUCUUUAAAACAUUUCAGUCUUCAUUCUUGACAUUUUGUAUGUCACUCCUUAAAAUAAUUAUUAAUCCAAUAAUGUAAAAAAAAAAAAUACAAAGUAAGGAAAAUGAUCUAGUUCUUUACAAGGUAAUUUCUUGAAUAUAAUAUUUGUACACAUAAAUGUAUGGUACUUGUGCUGACUACAAAAUAUAAGUAAUUUAAUUUUUUUAAAUGUUACUUUAGAUCUCUGUAUUCCUAUUAAUACAUACAGGGUCAUGUAGAAAACUGGAGAGACCAUAUAGAGGAUUUCAACCUGGCACUGAAACAAAAAGAAGAAGACAUGAGGGACAGCCUCAAGAAAGUCAAAUCUGGCAUUGAGAGUUACUGGCAGAAUUUUCAACAGAAAUAUGUGUAAUGGGAUUUUUAUUAUGUUGAUUUUUGUUUCUACAGAGCAUACGUAGAUGAAUGAAGGCAGAGCAUACAUAGAUGAAUGAAGGCAGAGCAUACAUAGAUGAAUGAAGGCAGAGAAUACAUAGAUGAAUGAAGGCAGAGAAUACAUAGAUGAAUAAAGGCAGAGAAUACAUAGAUAAAUGAAGGCUUUUAGUCAAAAUAUGCACCAUUGUUUUUGGUUUUCAUUAAAGCGUGACAUUAUUUCUCUGCGCUUAAAGUUUUUGUCCUAUAAUCUUUCUAAGUUUUUACAAAGACCUAACCCCAUGUCAGGCAGCAUAAUUUUACAACUUAACAGGCGGUAUAGGUAUAAUUGUACCUUCAUAUAUAUUGUUUGAAAAGUCUCACUGUAAGUAUAUUUUCUGUACAGGUACAAUAUUCAGUAUCUACAUAUUGUUUAGGUUAAGAAGGGUUAAUCAGCCAGACCAGUAUUUGAGCAAAAGUCAGUUAAGUUUUUCAUGUACUUCUUAACAAAUUAUUUUCAGUGAUUUGGAGAAUGGUAUUGUGAAGAAACCUGAUGAAGAAUUCACCAGAGCUCUGUAUGGGGCACUUCAAAGCUGGGAUGAGGUAAGUUUUAAAUAAUAGUUUCAGCCUAAGUUAAGCUAUGCAUUGUAGGUAUUUGCUGGUUUAUUGAAAUUAAUAGAUUAAAUAUUUGGAUAAAUUCAUAAAGGCAAACCUACUAUCUAUAUCUUUUUUUUACAAACAUUUAGAUCUUUUUGUAAAUUUUUGUCUUGAGUGAUAGUCCUUAAAUGUGUCUGUAUUCACCCAGAAAAGAUAUUUCUUAAUUUAUUUAAUCCCGGCAAUAGAAGAGAAACUAAUUUAUGGCAUUAUAUAUAUUAAAGUCUUAUAGAAAGUUAUAAUAUUUCAUUACUCUUUAGAGGAAUUUAAUGAACCCCAAAACUUUAUAACCUAUGAAGAAUAUAUAGCAAGCGUCAAGAUCCAUCAGGUGGAUCUCUAAAAAAAAAAUGAUGAUGUUUAGUUUUAUCAUGGGCAGGAGGAUUUGUUUAUUGAAAUUGUAAACCAUCCAAAAUCCUACUUUACCAGAUAAUUAUAAAAGAAACAGAUAUAUAUGGGGGAGACAGCCUGCUCAACACCCAAGACCAGUUAUCCCGUAUUCGUAAAGAAAUGGAGGGUUGGACUGACUGUGCUCUCAAAGUGUUCCGUCAUCACCGUGCUAAUGAUGGCAAGACCCACCCAGAUCAGGCCAACAUGCAGGCAUUAAAUGAAGUCAGUAACUCACCAGUUACCUCCAAUCCUUAAAACUUUUGUUCAGUUUGUAAACUAACUUAACCAUAUAUUUCUGUACAUUUUCAUCACAGCCACAUUGUAAAUGUGUCUUUUUUUACAGAAAUAUAUUUAACAUGGGUGCAAAUAUAUGUAUUUUAAAAUUAAUCCCACAGGAAGUUGAUCAACUUCUAGCCCAGUUUCAACACAGAAUCACUGGAGAAAAUGGUAAGAUAUUUGCUCACCAGCAAUUACAAAAUUGAAACCUGCAAAAAAAAUUUAGACUCAUAAAAAAAAAAUUUUUUUUCUAUAACAAAAAUUUUUUACCAAAUAAUUAAAUUUUUUUGUUGUUGUAGGUGUUGCAGCCUUAAUUAUCAACUUCCAGAGUUCACUGGAGAACUGGGAAACGCGUCUACUGUCCAAUAUUCAUGGUAUCCUAGCCUUACAAGAAGCAGACUGGGGAACUUUCUAUCAAACAAUGGAGGACUGGGUCUCUUUACUCAAACAAGCUGUGGACUUUAUUGGAACAACACAGAAAGAUGAAGACAGGCAUGAUGGCAAACCCCAUACAAGGUACACAAGUUUUUUUGUUUUUUUUAAUUUAGAAUAUAAUUUUUAUAAUGAAACUUUUUUUAGAGUUUUGAUUUUACACAAUACCUUAUGUUUAUCAAUUAUCACUUUUGAAGCACUUAAACAAAAGUGCACAUUUUAUUAUGUGAACAAUAAAUCAAAUUUAGGUGACAGAAUGGUAGGAGAAUUUUUUUACGAUAUAUUUGAUUUAUGUUAAAGCACAGAAUAAAUGUAAACAUUGCUGCUGAACUCACAUGUAGUAACAAAAUUUUUUAUAUUAUCCUUAAAAACCAUAAAAGUUGUGAACAAAAAAAUCAUUGAAAUUCACUUAAAAGCGAGAGGAUUAUAGCAAAUUUAAAAUACAAAAAAUGUUAGCAUCUGGCAUUCAUAAUGAAACAACAUUAUUAUUUCAGCUGCCGUGUAUUAUUCAGUUACUAAAUACCAUAGAUCCUAUAAAUCAGUGCAUUAAAAUUUCUUUUUUAAUGGAAUCUGUUUUUAAAAUCACUUUUUUUUUAAUAGGCUGAUAAACAAAUACAAGAAAUAUAUUGGCUUACCACACUGUAUAUAUAGGCUUAUCACACUGUAUAUAUAGGCUUAUCACACUGCAUAUAAAUAUAUUCUGCUAGAGAUUUUAAAAAAUUGUAUUUAGAAAUGUAUUUCUGCUUCUCUUUCAGCCCCAGAAAAUCAAAAGGAUUUAAGAUUAUGUAAUUCUUGAACAGAUAGAUACAUUUUUAUCACGUUAUUUCACUUUUUAUCUUUAUUUACAUCUGAUGUUAAUCCUUUCAUUCAAUGUUGCAUGUCUUUAUCAGGGAACUAUAAAGGAAAUGCCCUAAUUCAGAAUUUUUCAAAUAUUAUUUUAUUUCAUUUUUGUUUUCUUUUUUUUUUUGUUGUAAAAAUGUAAAGUUUCUGUCCAAUUAAUAACUGUGAUUUUUUAAAUUGUGUAGAUCGUUUAUAGUUAUAAGGUGUUGAAGCUUCCUACAUUAAUACUGUUCUAGAAAUAAAAAUGCUUACUUAAACAUUUAUCAUUUUGAACAGUGUAGACUACUUUAAUAUUAAUAAUUAAUUAAUAACCUUUUCUGAUCAUUUUUUUAAUUCUAGGACAACAUAAUAGAUCAUUGACCAGGGGUCAAAUGAUGCAGGCAGACAUUUUGCCUGUAAAAUUAUAAAACUUGUUAGCCUCAGUUUGAUCACAUAAAUUUGAUUACCUUUUCCUUUCCCACUUGAAAAAAUUGACUUGUGAUGGUACAGCUCUAUCAGGACUUGUCCAUGCAUAAAGUGAAGAUUGUUCACAUAUUUAUUAUUUUAGCACUAUAACUGCCUACACACACUGAAAAUAAUGGUGAAUUUUUAUUUAUUUUUUUGUAUUAAAGAGAAAAAUAAAGAACACUGUAAAAUAAUAGCACUGGUUCUACUACUCUCCAUCCAAAUCUAACAAAAUAGAAACCUAAAACUGAAAUGCAUCUGCAUCUUCCACCCCUUUUUUUUUUCUUUUCUUUUCUUAAUAGUUUAAAGAAAAUAGUUUUAACUUUGACUUUUUUUUUAUUGGCCACCUUUUCAUUGGUGGAGAAAGUUGGUAAAGUUUGAGAAAUCAAAAAAAUUUAAAUGGCAUAAUAAAGUUUAUUUGCUGGUGUGAUGUCAUUGACUCUUUCAUAACAAAUAAUUUUUUUUUAAAUUUUAGUGAAUAAAGGAUAAGAAAAAGGAGAAUCAUUCAUAAUGUUCAGUCUCAAUAAGUGCAUGACUUACUGAACAAAGUGUAGCAUCAUCUAACCUCAAAUUUCUCAUUCUUUGAUUUCUUUGGGUUGGGGAAUAGUUUUCUUUUUAAUUAGUGUCCUUGGUAUUUGAUAAACAUUUCCCUUUUUUGUUGUUUCUACUUUCUGUUGUGGUGCAGGUAGCAUGUAUUAACAAGGAAUUCUAAAUUCUAGACUCUAUUUUUUUAUAAAAAUGUCCUACUCCAAGGAAGUAAUAAAAAUCUAUUAAUACGGUAUUAUUAGUAAAGUUUUUUUUUAAAGUUUUUUUUAAUAUUUUUUUUUUAUAUAGAUUGUGAAGGCUGUUGUCUAAAACUAACCCCAAAAAUCAUUCCUGUGUUUUAUCUAAAAGUUAAAGUAAAAGGUGUAACUGUUAUAAUUUAAUUCGAUUUAUGUUUAUUUUUACUUUUGAUAAAGAUUAUAUCAUCACAGUUUUGUGACAAAAUAAAUUGAAAAUCUUGUUUUGAUAGUAAGUGCUCAUAUUAAUCUACAAUGUAUAAUGAAUCAAAUUGGCCUAAAUAGCAAAUUUUCAAAUUAUCUAAUAUUUCUCAUAAAAUGCUUACCUGUGGCGCUUUCCCCCCCCCCCACCCUAUACUUGCAAAAUUAGAUUAAAAUAAUUUAUUUCUACUAAUUCUACCUUCAAAUAAUAAUUUAAAGUGUUUGUGUACUAGCCAGGAAUUCACUGUUACUAUUUAAUAAAUGUAUAAUUAAUCAAAUUGGCCUAAAUAGCAAAUUUUCAAAUUAUCUAAUAUUUCUCAUAAAAUGCUUACCUGUGGCGCUUUCCCCCCCCCCCACCCUAUACUUGCAAAAUUAGAUUAAAAUAAUUUCUUUCUACUAAUUCUACCUUCAAAUAAUAAUUUAAAGUGUUUGUGUACUAGCCAGGAAUUCACUGUUACUAUUUAAUUUUCUUUAUAAUAAUAAUAAUUGUGCUCAUAUCAACAUAACAAGUUAUAAAUCUUACAAAAUGAUGGCAAAGUUGAAAUCAAGCAAUAGAAUUUUGAAUAUCAAUCCUACCUUUGAGAUAAUGUACUCCCCACAAGUCCAUUUCAAUCAAGCAAGUCUUUAAAAAAAUUUAACUUGUUCUAAAAAAUCUUCUUACACAGUGUAGACAUCCAUGAUGUGGUGAGGAAAGUUCAAAAGUGGGCAACAACGUCCAGCAACUCUAUUGACAGUGAGGAUGGCAGGAUGGUUGAGAUGGUAUGAUUCUGUUUAUAAAUGAUGAGCUGGUCAUUUCUCAACAUUUUUAGAUCUUAAGACAAGGAUCUGUUUAGCUUGUGAUCAUGCUCAGUGGAUGCUGCUAUGGACAUUCAUGAAAGAAUCUCUAAUAAAGAACUUAAAUAUUGCAGUUCCUUUAUUGCAAAAAAUUAUCAUUAAUAAAGCUAUUGCAUAAUCCAUUUCAUUCAGCUUUUAGAAAUAUAAAAAUUAGAAAUAAAACUGGGGAAAAGGCCAUUUAUUAGUGCGGGUCAUUUAAAUCAUGUUUUUUUUAAAAAUGUUCAGGUUGCGAAGCUUCACUCUGAAAUGGUGAAGUGGAUGGUUCAAAUCUUACUACGACUGGCUCCAGACAAGGAAAGUAACUCCAAAGAGGCAAGUGAGAUGGCUCUGCUUGGCAGUGCAUCCAUUGAGCAGCUGACUGAGGGGGCUAAGACUUUGUUUGAAUCAUUGGAGAGGUUCUCAGACAAUGUAACACUGUGAGUGAUUAUAGUUAAUAAUCUGGUAAUUUCAAUAUUUUUAUAGUUAGCCUCAUACAAGUUCAAAAAUAUUUAAAUGUUGGAAGAAUCAUUGUCUUUUUUUAAAUGUAACAAAUCAGGGUUGAAUUAUGUUGUUUUUUCAUAUCUGCUUUGGUUUAGUGAGAAAUUUGGAUGUUCUUUCAAUUAGGCUUAUAUUUUUUGCUCUCCAUUUAGACAUUUUAAAAAAAAAAAAAUUGACAAUUAGACCUAUACUACUAAGAUGUUCAAGAUCAAAUGUGAAUUUUUUUUUUUAUUAAAAAAAUUUGCUUUGUGUCUAUUGAUGUAAAGCUUUAAUGAAGUAUUGAUCUUUUAUUUACAAAACCAAGUACAUGUUUUUUUUUUUUUUUUUUUUUUUUUUUUUUUUUUUUUUUGUUUGUUUUUUUUUUUUUUUUUUUUUUAUUUUUUUUUUUUUUUUUUUUUUUUUAUUUUUAAUAAAAAUUUAAAAAUUUAAUAAAAAAACCAAUUUAUUUUUUUUUUUUUUUUUUUUUUUUUUACUUUUGUCUUUGUUCAGCUGCUGUAAUGGUAUUGUUGUGGAGAACACUCAGAAAAGACAGGAAAACAAUGAAGAUAACUUUGACCAUGAGCUCAAGGAUAUGAAGCGACUGAAAGUAAAGUUCAGAAAAAGAUUUACAUUGCAUAUUAAUAAAGUAUUUUAAAAAAAUAUUCUUAGAAUAAUUGAUAUGUAAUUCCUUAAUUUAAAUUUGUCUUUUUUUUUCAACAUUGAUUAUCACAUGAUUUAUCAAUAUUAGAAAUUGUCAAUUCAAGCAAUUUUUUUUUGUUGCUUUUUCAUCCACAGACAGAAUGUGACGAUUGGAUUCAAACUGCCCAGUUGCUUUUGUCACAACUGACAGGAGAACCUUUAGGUACACUGUUUCCUUUCAAAGAACCAACAACUUUUAUCACUGAAUCUGACGUGGAACCUUCUCAAGACAGAAGUUCCUCAGACUACCAGAACAAAGUGACUUUUGUGGACAAAGAGAAACUUUCAGAUGCACAAAGAGAAGUCGUAUGCACUCAUGUCUGACACAUACAAUUUUAUUGUUUUCAUAAAAUUAGUUAAUGCGAUACAAAGUUACUGCAUAAAUAUUAUUCUUUAUGGUCCAUAAAAAUUAGAAUAAAAAUUGCGAAUAGCCCUGUUUAUCAGCAAUAUCCUGGAAAGACCAUUAUAAUUUUUUUUUCUCCAGUUUUUUAAUUUCCAUAGCUAUUUCAUAUUUAUCUUUAUUUUAUUCCCAAUUUUUUUUUUUCAAAUGUAUUUUCUAAUUUUAUUACUAGUAACAAGUUAUAACAAUUAAAUAUUUAGAUACGAGGAUAUUAAUAAUUAAUUAACACUGCAUGUUAAAUACAGAUUCUGUCAGGCUGCAGAAAGCCAUUUUUUAAAAAAUGCAUACUUCAUGAGAAGAUUGGGAAAUAUUUUCAUAUAAAUACACUUAUAAACAUUGCUAAACCAAUAGCAGCCUCUUUAAAUUAUUCCCCUUUUAGUAGCCACCUUGUGCUUUAAAUUAGGGGACCCCUGAACCAAAACUAAUAUCAACCAUAACUUUUAAAUUUAACCGUAACUUUUGAAGUUUUAAAAAGAACAAAUCUAAAAUCUUCCAUUAUUUCAUAAUUUAUUUGCCUGUUAUUGUCUUGCUCAAGUCUAUUUGACAAGAGUAUGUCACACAAUGACAUUUAAUUUUUGUUUUUCUUUUUAAAAAUGGAUAUCAAAGUGCAAUUAAAUGAAAAUGUAAACAAUUUAGUGAAAAUACAUACAUUAAAAUUAUCCUUGUUGUAGCUUUCUGUAUUAAAAUAUUUAAUCAAUAAGAAAUGUCAAACAUGUUGUCUUUCAAUAGACAUCUGCAUCUGAGAGAUCCAAAGAUGAAAAAGAUGUCUUAAAACCCAGCAGAGCAGCAACAGGUGAAACAGCAGACCCAGCAGAAACAGUAGAACAAACAGGAACAGCAAAACCAACAGGAACAGCAGAACCAACAGGAGUGGCAGAACCAACAGGAACAGAAGAACAAACAGAAACAGCAGAACCAUUAGGAACAGCAGAAGAGGUAAAGAGUAAGAAUGAGGCUACUAAAACUGAAUCAAAACCUUCAGGGGAUGAACUCAUAAUUUGCUUACAUUAAUUAAAAUUGAAUAACAUUUUUUUUAAAAAUAGUAUUUAAAUUAUGUUGUGUGUUUUUGUGUGUUAAAAUGUAUGCAAAUAAAUAGAGCAUAUUACAUACUUGCGUAUAGGUUGCGCUUAUUUUACUAAACAUUUCUAUAAAAUUCAGGGAUGCCAACUGUCCACGCUACAUUAAUUUCACUUACUGUUAUUCAGUGUGGGGUAGUCAUUUAUACAAAAACUUGGACAAUUUUUUUCUCCCUUGCUCUCAUUUAUAUUGGAGCAGAGAUCAAUGCAUUUUUUUUUUUGUAACUCCUCACACUAAGGGUGCAACGUAUCUGUGGGUCAACUGCAAAUAUCCACUUGGACUAUCCCACACAAAGGGUGCAACCUUUAUAUGAGUAUAAGCUGUACAUUUUUCCAUGUUGUGGUUCAUUUUUUCCAAUGGUAAUUCUGCUAUUAGAACAACAUUUAUGCUACAUGAAGAACAAGUAUAAAAUGAAAAAUCCCUUUGCCUAUUAAUAAAAAGAGUCAGUAAAAGUAACCAGAUUUAGUAAAAGACAGGUUAGUAAAAGUAACCAGAUUUAGUAAAAGACAGGUUAGUAAAAGUAACCAGAUUUAGUAAAAGACAGGUUAGUAAAAGUAACCAGAUUUAGUAAAAGACAGGUUAGUAAAAGUAACCAGAUUUAGUAAAAGACAGGUCAUUGUAUUUUGUAUGUAACACUCGGCUGAUGUGACUUUCUUCAUAUCCAAAACAAGAAAUGUAAAGAUAAAAAAAAAUAUUUUCUAACAGCAUUCAACAUAUAAUAGUAAGUGAAUAGCUAAAAAAAAAGCAUUUUUAAAACAGAAAGUGGACAAAAAAUAGGCCCUAAUAUUACAAAGUAAUGAUUUUGGUGACGACAAGAUUUUUUUGAAUUAUUGUGGUAUGCAAUAAAUGUUGCCAUUGAAAAUUAUGUGUACAGGAGGGAGACUCAGUUAAAGUAUCCACCCAACCUGCACACCCUACAACACCUGCACACCCUACAACACCUGUGCAGCCUACAACACCUGUUGAGAAGAUUGAAAUACUUGGGAGUGAUGCUAACACUCACACAUUGACUAUCAAGGACGAAAAUGUCCAGGUAAGAAUACUUUUUGAAUAUUAAUUUAAAAAAUAUGUCAGUAUUUUAGGUAAGUUAAUAGGUUCCAGACUUUUAUUUUAAAAAAUAAGGGAUUUUUCAUAUGUAAUGCUUUAUGAAAUUGCCACAUAGGUUUUAAACAUCAAAGAUUCUUUUUCAACAUUAGGAUACCAAUAUACAUUAUUUCAGUGGGAUGAUCCCUACUUUUCUGCCAUAUUUUAAAAAAAAAAAGAUUUCAUUAUUUUUAAAAUGAUCUUACUCUUGGAUUACAUCAUGUUAAAAUGAUGUUACUCUAAGAAGGUUACAUUAUGUUAAAAUGAUCUUACUCUUGGAUUACAUUAUGUUAAAAUAAUUUUACUCUUAGAUAACAUUUUGCAAAACUUCCUUCUCUCCCUUCUCCCAUUUUUAUUGUCCCCCUUUUCAGUGCUAACAUAAUGAUAUCUUUGAUGCCCCCAGGCCUUAGGUCAUACACUUGUCAAAUCUGAGGUUCCAGGCUCACCAGAUACCAAGACAGCAUUUGAGGCUUUGGCAGCAGUGCAGAGCUUGCAAGACCAAUUAAUGUAGGUCACUUUUAGUUGGUCAAAACUCUUACUAUCCUUACUGAUUUCCACCCCCCUCUCUCAAGCCCUCUGACCGAUAAAUGAUGCUGCUGGGUGCUACCCAUGGCUCGACAUGUAAAUAGUUCUGGGGUGAGCGGGGUUAAUAUAUUUUUUUUGUUUUAUACAACUGUUUUUUAGUUAAAUAAAUGUUUGUUAUUUUUUUUAAUGCCGUGAUUAUGUUUAUGAAUAUUUUUAUUUGAAGCACGGUGAGCCCAGCCCUAGGCUGUGGUACAGCGCUAUAAUAUAAGAUCACCAUAAUAAUAAUAAUAAUAAUAAAUGACUGGCCAAAAUGGAUCAAAGCUUGUUACUGGGGGGCCAAAGAUGAGAUAAUCAAUUUCUUGAAAUGUUCAUUCCGAAACAUAGAAUUAAAGAUGUAUAGUUUUAUUAGAGAUCAAGAUGUCUUUCAGUGUUCAGAGUUGGUUUUAGAUGUAAACAAUUGUUGUGUCAAGAGUCUUGCAAACCUUACACAUAAGUAAUGACUUUUUUUAAUGACUGUUUCUAUGCAAUCUAAUACUUGAAACAGGCAAUGUAGUUUUUGUUUUCUCUUGUUUGAUUGAAAUUUCCUCCUUUAUUUUUAGAUUAAUUGUCUGCAGUAUUAAAUAAUUUAUUUUUAAUUUCUGCAGAGCUGCUGAACUAAGAGCUCAGACAGUAGAAGAGAGGGCACUGCAGGCAGAGGCAGACAUCAUAGCAUUGCAGGAAAAGCUGAGAUCUUUUGAGAAACUAAUGGGCCAGCACCAGGAGAAAGUAAGUUCCAUAUAUUAUUGUGAUUGGCAUAUUUUAUUCAUAUUUCACAAGUGUUACUAAAAAGUGUUCAACAGAAUUAUAGGUCAUUUAAAAAAAAUUAAUAUAUGAGGCUGUUUUCCAUUAAACAGAAGAGUAUAAAUUACUGUAUAUGCAUUUUGAAAAUAGAUUUUAAGUCAACCACUACUUAAGAAUUUUGUAAAUAUUAUGUAAAAUAUUCAAAGUGAGUUUCCUUCAUUUUGACUUAUUUUCUAUGACAUUUUUAUUAAAAAAUCAACAGCUUAUAAGGGAGGAAACAUCUGGAUCAGACAUUCAAACUCAAUCUGUAACAGCCAAUAGUUCAAGCUCAACUUAUUCGCCCCGAGCUUCGUUAGGAGGAAAAGAUGAAAAAAGUGGGAAAAAAUCUGCAAGAUCAAGUAGCAAGGGCUCUAAGAAAAAAUAACUUGAGAACAAAGCAACAAAAAAUGAAAUUAAACCAGUCAAAUUGAACAAAGUAAUUUAUUGGAAGUAGUAGCUACAAUUAAUAUCAUUAAUAUAAUAUAAAAUAAUAACAUCUGAAAGCCAAACUGUAUAAUGAAAGUACUUAAUUUGUAUAUUUUGCUUGUAAAUAAAUAUACAGCUAAAAAAUAUUUGUCUUAAAGUUGUCAGUCAUCAGAGAAAUAAACUUGAGCAAUUUAUUCAAUUAUAUUUCAGUUUACAAUUAUAUAUGUAUUUUAAUGCAAAUUUAAUAUCUUUUUGCAAAUUUGUGUGUUGAAAGACAAUAAUAGGCUCUCCCUGAGUUAUUUUUUUUAUGUGAUGUAAAAAAAUUAAGAACUAUACACCAUUUACAUCAAAUAUAAAAAUAUAUGAGUAUUUAUGUAAAUUUAAGUUGACCUGAAAGACAAUGACAAUUUUUAAACAAUAUACACACAAAAAAAGAUUUAGUAUAUUAUUGGAAUGUUCAAAUAUAGGUUUGAUAUAUAUUUCUGUGCAAUGCCCUUUCUAAAAAUAACUCAUUAAACAAGUCAACAACAUUGGUAAGUUCUACAGUAUGAUCAAGCUAAUUUUAAAAAAAAAUAUUUUUAACCCUUGUCAAAAGUAACAAGUAUUUAUGAAUAUUAUUUAUUUUAAAUAUUGUAUUAGAUCUAUUUACAUGUUUUUAUAAAUGUUAUUUAUAUUUUGAAAAGAAAUAUUUUUAAAUGUUAGGCUAUAAUUACUUUUUUUUUUUUUAAAUACAUUUUUAAGAAUAUAUUCAUUGGAGUACUUUAGAUAUUUUCUAAUGUAUUUAUCAAAAUACAAGAACAUAAAACUUAAUAUACCAAUGUUUUUAUGAUCCAUUUGUCCCCCAAGUCUAGUACUGCACUUUGAUCACCAGGUCUAUUAUUUUUGUUUACAAUUUCAUAUCAGUCACUAUUAAAGCAUUGCAUUAACUGCUGAUGUACAGAGACUUCACAAAUGUUUUUUUGUCUUAAAGAACAAAUAUUGCUGCUGAAUAUCAAUUACUUCAAUUUACUUGUACAUAUAAAAAGACUGCUGACUCUUCAUUAGUAUUUACACUUUCAAAAGCAUUAUAUUUUUUUUUUUUAAAGUAUUUCAAUAACAGUUUUUUGAAGUUGAGAUAUCCCUGUUUUGCUCUUUUAAAUUCUUAUUUAACUCUGCAAUUUUAAAUACAUGUGAAUUUUCCAUAAUUGUAUAUUGAAAGCAAAACAAAUUUCUUCCAAAUCACUUGCUGCUAUUGAUAUCUAUACAUAUUUAAAUAAGACUGCUGAAAAUUUGACUUCAUAAAAUUCGGACAACUUAAAUACAUUUUUGACAUCAAUACAACCCUGAGACAGUUUAUUUAUAAAACAUUUAAAAAAUUAAAUGGAUAUAAAAUUACAACUUUGAACAUGUAUGCUUUAUUUUCCUGUAAAAAAAUAGAUUAAUAGCAUUAAAUAUAUCUAAGCUAUAAAAUAAAUAUGUAUUCUGUGAUAGACAACUCUAUGUCAUUAAAUUUACUAGACAGCAUUCAUAUUUUUAUUCGUUUUAAGAGGCACUUGUUUUUUUUUUUCUCUUUACACAUUCGAUAAUGUAUUACGAACAUUGGAAUUAUAGAACUCAAACUGGCACUCAACAUUGUGUUGACAACAUUUGCUUGAGAGUUUUUUUGUGUGUAAAAACUUCAAUAAUAUGUAUGAUUAACAUUUAAAAAAAUGCCAAGAACAAAGCCA